GUUCGGCAAGUCUCGUGACUUGGCUUGUAAUGGUGGAAGGUGGAGGGGACGGCACCCAAGCUGUAACCGUUGUUGACGUGAGUUCGGCCCUUCGCAGCCCCUUUUGGCCCGCCCGCUCCGAUCUGUUCUCGCCCUAAGCGGUCCCCAAGGCUCCCGGGAAGAUGUCGGCACCACGCAAGCUCAGCAACCCGCACGAGAUCCCGACCCGCAGGAUCCUGAUCAGCGAUCCCAGCGAUCUGCCUCUGGAUUACGGCACCACUCCGGGCGGCACCAUCUUCUCCACCACGCCUGGAGGAACCCGUAUUAUCUAUGACCGCGCCUUCCUGAUGCAGAUGCGAAAUUCUCCCCAUGCCAAAACUCCGCCCCGCAACCUUCCCAAGAUUCCCGGCGUGACCAGCCCAGCCGACGCCGAACAGACUGCGAAGCGAAACCAAGUAAACGGAGAAAACAACCAUGACAAGCCUCACGAUACGGACGAACCCCAGUUUGAGAUGGACAUCUGAAGUCCCAGCAGGCCGUGCAACGUGACAAGUGAAAGUGACUCGACCUUGUGAGAAAAGCGAAAGUGACUCCACCUUUGACCUUCAGCCUUUUGGGAAUCAGAAUUGAGAUGACCUUUGACCUUAGCUGGCAGUAAACCGUGCAUCACUUUAACCAGGUGCAAUAUAAGGGACCGACCAGGAAUGAUCGGGGGGAGGGUUGGCGGAUUAGGGGACCGACCAGGAAUGAUUGGGAGGGGAGGGUUGGUGGAGUAAGGGACUGGUCAGAAAUGGUCGGGAAGGGAGGGUUAGUGUUAGAAAGGGACCGGCCAGGAAUGGUUGGAAGGGGAGGGUUAGUGUUAACAAGGGACCAUCCAGGAAUGGUUGGGAGGGAGGGUUGGUGGCAGAUUCUCAGUGCAAAUAACAUUUUUUUCAAAUCAAUGGUGCAAAUUUUGUUUGAUUUUGUUCUUGGUCCUUGAGGGCACAUUUCCCCCAUCAUUUCCUCUUAUUUUUCCUGGCCGGCCCCACGUCAGUAAAAACCUCACCAGUAAAAACCUGCCCGGCCCCUCACCAGUAAAAUCCUGCCCGGCCCCUCACCAGUAAAAAUAUCUUUGUCAGUUAUCCUUUGAGCCUAGCCUCCUCUGGUCUGGCUCAGUGGUGAAAAGGAACGUCAGUUUGGAACUGGGCGCAGGCCUUAAUUUGCCCCAUCUUUAUUUGAAAAAAACUUAUAGGUUAGACAUAAGAAGUUGAACUUUGUACAACAAAUGGUCGUGUAAUCAACGGCUGAACAUUAACUGAAAAGAAGCCUGUUCUUCAUCCUCAA